AUGGCCACCAUGACCAAUGAGGACCUGUUGGCUUAUUUCUGCAUGCAUUACAGGGAGAACUUCCUGCCCUUGCUCAGGAAACUCAGACUGACACAGGAGGAGUCCCUGUCUCCAUUUAUUUGCUUCCUGCAGAAAAGGAGACAAGCCCGACAGAUACAAGAGGCUCUGGAGGUGAAAGAAGAGGAAUUCAAGAAGAGGAUGCAAGUCCUAAGUUGCCGGUGGAGGGACCUCCAGGCCAAGGGGGCUCAGCUGAAAACCUACAUGGAGAAAUCUGAGCGGUUUCUAAAGGAAAACGAUAAGAUCCGAGUCCGAGUUCUGAAGAGAGUGAGCACAGAGAGAGAGGGGAAGAUGCAGAAGCAGAGUGAGCUUUGGAGAGCUAAGAGAGAACUGGAAGCCCUGAAAAACGAGCACCAGAAACUCCGCAACAAAGUGCAGAAGUACUCCAUCUUCAAAAAAUACCUGGAGGACGUGGUGGAGAUCUCACGGUUUGAGAAGAUCCAGGAAGUUGUUUGGCGCUACAGGAUGCUGAUGAAGACGCACAACAACCAGGUGCGGUCACAACAGGCGCAGAAGGACAUGUCUGAGCAAGCCAAGGUGCUCCUGGACCAGUACAUCGCAGAGAAAGAAGCUGAGAUGCUGCAGUACAAAACUGAGCUGGUGCAGCUCCAACCAUGUCUUGAGCAGGUUCAAAGUGACGUCCUGCCCUGGGAGGCUUGCUUGGCCGACAUCCAGAAUUCAGCUGACAUGCAAACCCUGAAGCUGGCGACCAUCAAGUUGGCCAUUUCCAACAUCUUCCAGUGCAUGAACAUGCAGCUGAAAGCAAACCUGGACGUGCCGGUGGAUGACAGCCACAGACAGCUGAACAUGAUUCAGCGUUUUAUCGAAGACCUCAGAGACAUCGCUAUGGAGCCAAAACAGGACGACACACAGAACCAGAGGCAAGCAUCUACACCUACGGAGCUAUAA